AUGGCUACCUCUCUUCAAUGGCUACAAUCCAAUAUCUUUGCUCAGAUUCCUGCCACCCAAGUGAAGUACAUUGCGGGGAAAAUAUUAUCUUCACCUCAAGCUGCUUCUGUGCUCUCUAGUUCGUAUCCUCCAUCAUCAGGAACUUUCGAUCCUUAUAUUGAAUCGGUUAUAGUUCCUCUCUUGCAAUUUCUAUAUAACAGUAGAUCACCUUUCAUGGUGAACGUGUAUCCUUACAUUAGCUACGUAAACAAUUUGAAACAUGUAGAACUAGACUACGCCUUGUUCAAAACAAGAAGUCCAAUGCAGGAUGGUGUAUUAGAAUACAGAAAUCUUUUGGAUGCAAGUGUUGAUGCAUUAGUGUAUGCAAUGGAGAGAGAAGGGUUUCCAGGAAUAAAGGCGGUUGUGACAGAGACAGGUUGGCCGACGGCUGGUGGUGAAGCAGCAAGCGUGGAGAAUGCAUUGACGUAUAAUAAGGAGGUGGUGAGAAGGGUGGUAAAUGAUGUUGGAACCCCAAAAAGGCCAAAGGAAGAGAUGGAAGUUUACUUGUUUAGUCUUUAUGAUGAGAAUGGGAAGAUGGGUGAGGAUUAUGAGAAGCAUUUUGGCAUUUUUGGGCUUGGUGGGAACAAGGUUUAUGAUCUCAGUUUCAGCUGA